UGGGGGCAUUUGCUCUCUCACAUUCGACGCUUUUGUUGAGGCCAACUCCUUGAGACUAAGAUGAGUGCUGCUGGGAAAAAGGUAUCCACCAAGCAAGUUGUCUACAAAAAGACAUCCAGGGACAAGUCGGUUGCAAUGUACUUGGGAAAGAGAGACUUUGUGGAUCAUCUAGAUCAUAUCGAACCUGUGGAUGGUGUGAUUGUGGUGGACACAGGCUAUGUGAAGGACAGAAAAAUUUACUGCAGACUGAGCUGCAUUUUCCACUAUGGCAAGGAGGAUAUGGACGUCAUCGGCCAUCCAUUCAGCCGUGACCUGUAUGUGAGCACAAUCCAGAUAUACCCUCCUACCGAGGAGACAGCCCAUCCCCUGACCAAACUGCAGGAACGACUGUUGAAGAAAGUUGGAGAUAAGGCUUAUCCCUUCUGCUUCCAGCUCCCAGACCACCUUCCCUGCUCUGUCUACCUCCAACCGAGCCCCAGUGAACCAGAUAAGUGCUGCUCCGUGGAUUUUGAGAUUCUCAGUUUCUGCGUGCAAAGUUUGGAGGAUAAGAUCCAUAAAAAGAGUUCCUCACGUUUGAUGAUCCGUAAGGUGCAGUUUGCUCCGGAUAAAUCUGGGCCGCAGCCAACUGCUGAGAUAAGCCGGCACUUCCUCAUGUCAGAUGAUCCCCUGCACUUAGAGGCAUCUCUUGAUAAGGAGACUUACUACCACGGGGACCCCAUCAAUGUGAAUAUCAAGGUGAAAAAUAACUCCAACAAGUUAGCAAAGGGCGUCAAAGUAUCAGUUGAACAAUUGACCCAAGUGGUGCUGUACUCCAAAGACAAAUACGUACAGGAAGUAGCAGUGGAGGAAACAGAUGAGCAGGUGGCACCGAGUGCUUCUCUCUGCAAAACCUACACUCUCCUGCCAUUAGCUGCCAAUAACAUUGAGAAGCACGGCAUCGCAUUAGAUGGGAAACUCAAACAAGAAGAAACCAACCUGGCGUCCUCUACCAUGAUAAAGCCAGGAGUUGCCAAAGAUGUUCUGGGAAUGCUUGUCUCCUACUCAGUCAAAGUGAAGUUAACAAUACCCGGUGUGUUGGGUGAUCUGACAAGCAGUGACGUAAUAGUGGAACUACCAUUCAUGCUCAUGAACCCCAAUCCUGAUACUUCCAAAGAUGAGGAAGAUAAUGAAAUGGCCAUUGAAGAUUGUCCAGAUGUCCAAGACGCAGCGGAUGGGGAGGCCGAUGAUGAUUGACAGCCCUGACUAGCCGUGUACCAUUUGAUCACUUGCUAUCACACAACAAAGAAU